GGACCGUUCGCCCAAAUGGCAUGAUAGAAAAGAUAACUUGUUAUUUGCAGGUCGCCACUGUAGCAACAUAGUUGAAUGGAACAUAAGUAACAAUGAGUGGAAAUGUCGGCGAUCUCAGUCAGAAUCAAAAGGACAUUUUGGAACAGUUCAAGAACACAGUGAAGGACAUAUUAAAACCAGAGCAUGAUGAUUAUUAUGUUCUCCGAUGGCUGAGAGCCAGGAGUUUUGAUUUGAAAAAAUCUGAAACAAUGAUCAGAAAUGAUUAUGCAUGGAGGAAGCAGAUAGGGGCUGACACAAUACGGGAAGACUUCAAGCUCCCGGAGGUUUUACAGAAGUACUACAUCGGGGGCUUCUGUGGCUAUGACAACGAGGGGUGUCCUGUGUGGUACGAGCCAUUUGGCCACAUUGAUUUGAAAGGUGUUCUGCGGUCGGUGAAGAAGAUGGAGAUCAUGAAGAUGAAGGUCCAGCAGAUGGAGAAGAUCUACCACUAUUUCAGGACAGCUGAAGAAAAGGGUCACAAGGUUCCUGCUCAGAUCAUCAUUGUGUUUGACCUGGACAAGUUUAGCAUGAAGCACCUUUGGAAGCCAGGGGUGGAUGUGAUGUGCGACCUCAUCACCAUGUUCGAAGACCACUACCCAGAAACACUAAAAUCAUCCUACAUUAUAAAUGCUCCUCGUAUAUUCCCAAUCGCCUACAAUCUAUUUCGACCAUUUCUCAGUGAAGGAACCGUGAUGAAAGUCCAGAUUCUUGGCUCCAACUACAAGGAGGUGCUAGCACGCAACAUCCCACCCCAGGAGCUGCCCAUCUACUAUGGGGGAUCCAAGAAUGAUCCAGAUCCAAGAUGUACCAACCAGAUCUGCUUUGGUGGGGAAGUCCCUGAGUCCUACUAUGUCCAGCAGAUCACUGACCUGUCUGGCUUCACAGAGUCCACCAUCGGCCGGGGCUCGUCUCUACAGGUGGAUUACGAAAUUAAAGUAAAGAACAGUGCCAUCAGAUGGCAGUUUAAAACUGAUGGGUUUGACAUCGGAUUUGGAGUUUAUCGUCGUACAAAGGACGGUCGCCAGAAAGCAGGUGAUAUGGAGGCUGUGAUGGCGACGACAAGGGUCAACAGUCACCUGGUGCCUGAAGAUGGCAGUCUCACUUGCAGGGAGACAGGCACUUAUGUGGUUCGAUUUGACAACACAUACAGCUGGACUCGGGGGAAGAAGAUCUUCUACCAGAUCGAAGUCCUGGAGCCUGACGUGACAGACCUCCAGAUGCCAAGAUCUCCAUCCCAAGACAGCAACAACACAUUCUUUGACACAGUCAGCAGCUAACCUCAACUCUAUCAGUGAUUUAGGAAAUAAUUAUAUCUCCACAAACUACUGAUGACAUAUGACUUAUAUACAAUGUUAGCUCAGACAUCUAAGACGCCACAAUUUGCUGUGCUCAGUUGCAUCCCAGGGAUGACAGACACAUAUCACUAUGGGUUUGAAUCCCAGGGUGUCCCAGAUAUGAUACCUCCCGGUUUAUUGUUAUGCCAAGGAAUUCCGUCAGUCUGUCCAUCUGAAGAUAAUUUUGUUCAGCUAAUAACUUGAAACUGCUGUUUGGAUUAUUUGCAAACUUGAUCACACUCUUUGUCUGAAGGAAAGGUGUAGUGCAAAUUUUUAUAAUGAUGUUUUUAUUUGUUAAAGAAUUACAGCAAUUUACAAAUUUGAAUUUAGACACCAAUAACUUGAAAACUGUUGAACCCUGUCAUUCUAUCCUCUGGAUUUGUGAUGUUGAACAUGAAUAUACAUCUAGUGUUGAUGAUGACCGGUUUCACACAAAUAACAAAUUCUGAAAUGACAAGAAAAUAAUGUUAUGAAUGGAUGACCCCAUUCACACCUAACCACAACUGAAACUUUGAAUUUUCAACAGUUUUGUGUUUAUCCUGAUCUAGUUUGUGCUCUCUAAGGAUUAUCAGGGGGGGUUUAAGCACAUGAUGUAAGUUUUGUUUCAAGAAAUUUAAAUGUAUUUUCAUUAAGGUACUUACAAUUGGGCGUGUUUGUAUGUAUUCUUGUAACCGGGAUAUUGGUGUGGGGGGAUUUUUUACGCUAUGUUGUUACAUAUGCUGAUAUUUUAUGUCUUAGUACCCAAGGAUAAUGAGCAGUUUAGUUUGAUAUUUUUAACAGUAUUGUAGCAAUCACAUAUGAUCCAUGAGCUUAUUGGAUUUGGAAACGAUGUAUUCAAUAUUUGCACAGACCAAGCUGACUAAUACUGGUGUGAAAGUGUCUGUGUUUGAUGGGAUCAAGGACGAUGUCAGGAUCAGGGGAAUAAACAUAUCUCAAGGAGUACAACAUUCAGGGACAUAUCAGGGCAUGUUUAUUGUAUUAGAUGGUCAUGACUGGCAUGACAUGGGACAACUGUCAUGUCUUGUUGCCAUGCCAACACAGGGCUAAUUAUUCAGGUUAUUCUUAAGUGUGGAUGAUACGGUCAGCAAUUGUGGUAAGAGGAUGGUCAGUUUCUUGAUAAAAUAUUUGUCAUUGUUUUAAGGAUUAUUUAGUGUGGCCAACAUUUUAAUAAGGAUGUGAUUACAUUCAUAUUUUGACUUCACAGAGACAGGAUUAUCUUAGGAAUGUGGAUGCCUUUGUAUUUGCCCCAGAAACUAAUGACAUUUUACUGUGUUUGGGACACAUUGACAUUUCACCCUCAUUGUGACAUUUCACCUUGUGUCUCGCUGGCCUGUCGAGGUCAGGUAGAAGAUGACACUAGUUUCUUGCCUUUGUGUUAGUUAUAUAUCUAGUUCCAUUGUUCUGAUGUUGAGAACAUCUGCCAGGUGUCUGGGGAGCAAAGAGAUUACAUUGUCUAGAACUGCUGAGGCUAGAUGAGUUUUGCUGCUGCUGGCAACCUUAUUGAGUGAGUGAACGAGUGAGCCGGUGGGUGAGUGAGUGAACGAGUGAGCCGGUGGUUGGGUGAGUGAGUGAACGAGUGAGGUGGUGGGUGGGUGAGUGAGUGGAUGGAUAGGAUGGGUGGAUGGGUAAGUGAUUGUGUGAACGAGUGAGACGGUGGGUGAGUGAGUGGAUGGAUAGGAUGGGUAAGUGACUGUGUGAGCGAGUAGGCGAGCAAGUCAGUGUGUCAGUUAGUGAGUGUGUUAGUUCUCUUACUCGCUGCCUUUUCCAAUAUUCCCGCAACACUGCAGCGGAGACACCUGAAAUUGGUAUUACAAAUAGCGCCUGUUUCAGAGAUUUAAACCCAGGCCUUUAGCAGGACUACAGAUCACUUCAACCACUGGGCACCAACUGCCCCUUAUUCAUUGAGGUUGUUUAGGCAAAGGGUAAUUGAAAUGUAGGGAUGAUAAUAUUUCACCAUACUGCUGUUAGUAACAAGUAUGAUAUUAUGUAAUUGUGAGGUGAAGUAUUUGCUCUCCUGUUAUGUGAGGGUAAUUGUUGUUGCAGGUAUUUCUGUUUGUAAUUGUCUUUGUGCAUAUUUAGUGUGACACUGUCAGUAGUCAGGUCAAGUCUAAUCAACUUGCAUUUAUGGUUGAUGGAUGUAAAUAAGUCUUUUCUUGUCAUCUGACAUUUGAAAGCUGAAUGGCUGUGAAAAUAAUAUUUAGUUUGGUUUAGUUUUGUUUUAGUGUUUAGAAAAAUACUGCUGGUAGAAAUAGUAUUUUUCUGUGAAAUAGGUAUUUUGUUAGAAAUUUGAAAAUUAUAGAUGUUUAAACUUUGUACAAAAAAUUAUUUAUGUGAAAAAUUGAGCUAAAUGCACAAGGAGAUAACAAGUAUUUGUAAGGGGAGACAACCAAGGGGAAGUAACCUGGAACUUGAUGCAAGGGGGGAUAACCACAUACCUCCUGCAAAGGGACAUAACCAAGUACUUGCUGAAAAGGGAGAUAUUCAGAAUGGUAAAUUGCAACAAUGGUGUUCUUGGGUAUUGAGUCGCACUGAGCAUUUCCUUGUGCAAAUAUAGUUAUUUACAUUUUCUGUUGUUAUGGAUAUGAUCAAUGUUAUGUUUUACCGACAGCUUUUAUGUUUUGUACAAAUUGCCAGUGUUUCUAUGGUAGAGGCUAUUUACUUCUUCACUUCAAUAUUUAGCUUGUUUAUGUGAUAUAAAAAAUACACCACAUUAUCUGGCAUCAUGUUUCCAUGGUUACAUCACUGAAUAAUGGUAUGGACAGAAUAUUUUAAUUUUUUGUGUUGAGUUGUCAAGGUGAAAUUGACAAGACAAAAUAUGCCCAGAUUUAGAAAAGCUUUUUAUGUUUUAUGUUGAAAAACUUUUAGAUUGGUUGAUAAAAACAUGUACUUUUUACCAAUAUUAAGUAGAAAGCAACAGUGUUUUUAACUUUAACAAAACUAUUGCAAGCUAUCAAUUCUUUAGUAGUCACCCUACAUACACAGCAUUCCAGGAACACCAGCCAACAGCUACUAUAUAUAUUGUUUAGUUGCCAUGGCAACAGGUGCAUCAGGAAAUCAUGAUUAUGUAAACUUUCAUGAAAUAUAUUUUUCAUUUUCACAUGAUUUGAAUGUGAUGAUUUUAGAAAUGUUGUUAUGCCACACUGUUUCCAUGGUUACCUGUGGGCGUAUCUCGUAUUCCCUGAUUCAGUGUACAGUUUUUUAUAAUAAUGCUGACAGUGUGGACCAGGGUGUUUUACAUGUUUUGUCGGAAGACAUGCGGAGAUCUCUGAUGUCAUUUAAGACCCUUACAGACAUUUUAUUAGUGUUAUUCCAGCUGAAGGCUGACUGUGACACAUGCCAUAUUACAUGAUAUUGUUGUGGUUCUGACAUCAAUUCUUCAAUAAUUUUUUUAUAAUGUUAGAUGUUGUUUGGGAUAAACUGCACUCAAUCUAUAUAUUUUGAAAUAGGAAAAAAAUGUAAAAUAUCAUGUAAUUUGGUCAGUAUUGUUUGUAUAUGUCUAAGAAAUCUUUAUUCUAACACUGACAGGGCCAUCACUAAGCUUUGUGAUCUUGCCAUGUUAAAAUCUGUUUUCCAUUAAUUAGUAGAAGUACCCAUACCAACCUGACAAGUCUUGAAGUUAAAUUCUAUCAUAUUUUUUUAUAUAGUGACUAAUGAAAAACGGAAGACCUUGAGACAGUCAUAAAAUAAUGUGGUCAUGGAAUCAUUACCAUGUUGAUAUUUAGGAUUAUCAGGUAAACAAACCCCCUGUAUCUCCUUAUAAACCGACGUGUAGCUGUGAUGUUUAGUAUAAGCUUUAAUAUUUGAAUGAAGGGUCACAGGAAUGAAAUUUGUGUCAUUAACUAAUCAGUUUAUUUUACAGCUUAAGAUGACCUGAUGGUUAAUAUUCUUACUUGAUUACCAAAUGGUGAAACAUAACCAGUGUCAUAUAUUUCAUAUGUGCUCAUGUGAAGAUAUCACUUUUACCUUGGUUUCUGUAUUACAUCGUCUGUGACGUUAUUAACCACUUGAACAUGACAUCUAUGAAGAGUGUUAUUACACUUGCUUACCAUGUUUUACUGCACAAAUGUACAUGAAUAAAAUGGAUAAUGAAGAAAUUAUUGCACACUCGCUCUCACUCGGGCAAUACAAAAAUUCACACUUGUUUCAUGUAAGUCGUAUGGCACACUUGUGUGGGUUAUGUCUCCCAUUUGAUAUUAAGGUACAGUCUUCCCUCACAAUAACGCUCUUCGCGAUACCAUGGAUUCGGUUAAACCACGGGGUAAUCCAUAGUUCCCAUUAAAGAAAGUUGCCCAGCGAUCACACAUCUUCACGUCAUCGAAAAUAGCACUUCCACAAAUCUGAUGUUGAGCUCUGGCUAAUCACGUUAUAAACUAGUGAAAUUUAGUGUGGAUUGCAAUUAACAGUGUUUAUCGUAGAUAUCCAUGGUUUUUCAGAUGCUUAAAACAUGCAGGGUUUUCUCAAUAAUAAUCAGACGAACGGUGAAACAUCGUAAUAACUGAUAUAAAAGUCUAUUAGUUUUGACUGGGCACAAUACACGAAAUAGCAGUUUUGUUAUGUCCAUGGAAAAUACGAUUUUACUUGGCCUUUGUUCCGCGUUAUGUAAUAGUUACUGUAACACGGGGGGCCAUCCAUGGACCCCAAGACCCACGUUAUGGCAAGGGAUGACUGUAUUUUAACUCGGCAAAAUGAAAGAUCAACAGAGUGGAUGCCAAGACAAUUCUCUUUGGGAGAAAUGUUUUGUCCUCACACAUAAGACUGAGGUACGUUUGCCAACUGUUGUUAAUAUUAAUGUUUUGAAAACAGUCCUCAUUGAAUAUUGCCAGUAGUGUUGGCAUCAGUAGUAGUUAGGCUUAUGGACAAACAUGGGUCACAGGAUGGACUGUUAACACCUGUUUUGGAGGUGUUUUUCUUGUGCAAGAGUUGAUCACGAUUCACUGAGUUUUAAAAUCACUCAGAUUCCCUGGUUAAACAACAUACUCUAAGGGCCAGUUGGUAGAAGCUCAACUGCCUUGCUACAGGCUAUUGAUGUUUUCCUUGAUAUCUUUGUUAUGAGAGGCUUCUGUCUCAUCUUUGUGCCAACUUCAAGCAAGGGCAAGUAACUCUAAUGACACUACAUUGAUGUUGCUCUUGCAUUCAUUCCUUACUCUUCACAUGUGUAACUUUCCUCAAAACACAAAAUGUUUAACAUGCUUUAUUUCCAGUCUUAUCACAAGAGAUAUUUAAUAGACUGUUCAUUUAUCAUGGGGUAUAAGACUGGGGUUUUUCUUGUGGACAUGCACAAACCCCACCUAUGUAAUAUUUGUUUAACCACUGAACACCCAUCUUAGUAUAUGUAAUGUUCUUAUAAAUAAUGUAAAUAUUGUAUAACUUUAACUUUUGAAUUUGAAAAUAGAACCAUGUCAUUUUCAUCAAGGUCUGUGAGUUCGACUGGCAAACAAGUCACUAGCCCUUCCUUUCUAACCACUGAUAAAUACUGGUUUUAAGUUUUGGAUGUUUUUGUGCCACUAAUCACUAUAGUAAGUCAAAAUAGGAAUCCUAACAGGAAUCCCAAUGUUGGUUUUGGUAUUUAUUAGUAGUUUGUAGUCCAUGUAUGGUACCAAAGUUCCAAAGUGCUAUAUUAUAUACCAGACAGCUGAUAUCAUGGUGGAUGUAAUCCAUAUGGGAUAACUAUUUAUUUAUCAAUACAAUUAGUCAACAAGUAAUUUCAUUCUAGAUUCCCGUCAUUCCUUGUUUCAUAUAUCUUUCUUAAUCAUUGCAAAGGUCACUGUAUUAUUUAAAAUUAGUUGUCAGUGGAAAUAUACACAUAGCAAUUAAUUAAGCACCACUUGAUUAUUUACUCCCUGUAAAUAAUUCUGUCUGCGGUAUGCAAUUCAGUGAUUAACAUCAUGAGCAUCAAGGUCAAAUCUCUUCAUUCAGAAAUAUCUUUAUGUAUGUUAUCCUAACAACAUGUUUGGCAUACAAAAUGUGUAUGUGUUUUAAAAUGAUGUGCAAUGUUUAAUCUGUGAUGAGUGAAUAAAUGAAAAUGUGUGAUA